CCAUCGUCCACAUCACCUAUACACAUACUUAUCCAAAUUCCACAUUAUUACCUACUACACAAAAUCAAGGCCCAAAAUGCCCCCCACCACGGCCCCUCACCCCGACCAACGCGGCAUCGAACCGCACCCCGACCUCCCCCACAACACCGCCCACGAAGUCGACUACACCCCCCACCCAGAGAACUCCGUGCCCCUGCCCCCAUCCCGCCAAUCCAUCCAAGACCACAUCAUAGCCCUAUACUGCGGCAGUGCGUCCGCCGAAGACAUGAGUGUCUACGCAGAGCAAGCCGUCUACGACGAUCCAUUCAGUUACUGUGAUACGCGGUACAAAAUCGCUGGUCAAUGGUACGGCAUUCCGAAGCUCUUCAGCAAGAGCGAGAAUCUGGGGACGGAGGUGGUGUCGAAUACGGACGAUGAGAUGGUCUGGAAGCAGAGACAGAAGUAUACGUUUCGCGGGAUUGGAGCGUCCCGGACGGAGGAUAGUUUGGUGAGUUUGAGGUUGCAGGGUGGGGAGGAUGGGGAGAGGGUCGUUUAUCAUAAGGAUAUGUGGAGUGAGAAGGAUUAUGAUCAUCAGGGAUUCGGGGCGCUGAUGAAGAAGGUUAAUGGGGAUAAGUUGACGGGGAUUACGAGGCCGCCGGAGGAGCUAUAGAGUUUUGAUAGUGUGGUGGGAUGGGAUGGGAUGAUGUUGGUGUUGAGGUCUGGAGUAUGGGAGGGGAGGUAAAUGUGUUGAUAUUCGAGCUGUUGGGCCAUUUCAUUGUGGUAUAUUUAUGCUUCUAUGUUGGUGGCAUGGUGUUUGAUAGGUGGGUAUGUUGAUAGAAUGUAUAGUAUAGGAGUUUAUUGUUCACUGUUACAUCUGUCGAAGAAACAAUCCUCCUAGACACUGUACAGACUCACGGGUUCGUUGGAUUCAAUGAGCCCAAUCAAUCAAUCAUGU